AUGGCGGCCGGGAGGUUCCUGCUGUACGCCGGACUGUCGCUGUCUCUGUGCGCGCUGGCUAUGCUCGCGGUGGCGAUGUGCUCCGAUCACUGGUACGAGACCGACGCCAGGCGGUACCGCGAGCGGUGCCGCAGCUUCACGAGCCGCCGCAAAGACCCGGGCUUCAUCUACAUCCCCAACAACAGCCUGCCGCUCCGCGCCGCGCGGCAAGACCACCGCCUGCCGCUGCCGCGCAGCCGCAGGCAGCUGUUCGCCAUGAGCGCGGCGGACGAGUGUAACCGACAAUACAACUCGACCAACACCGGCCUGUGGAGGCACUGCCUCCGCCACGGCUACGACCAGGAGGCGGAGGAGCACAUCCGGAGAGGUCUGGUGUCUCGUUGUUCUUAUAUAAAGUAUCAUUAUUCUUCAGCCACGAUCCCCAAGAACCUGUCCUACAACAUCACCAAGACCAUCCGCCAGGACGAGUGGCACGCCCUGCAUCUUCGGAGGAUGACCGCGGGCUUCAUGGGGAUGGCGGUGGCCAUCAUUUUGUUUGGGUGGGUGGUCGGGGCCCUCGGGUGCUGCUGGGACCGAGGCCUGAUGCAGUACGUGGCCGGACUCCUCUUCCUCAUGGGAGGGACCUUCUGCAUCAUCUCUCUGUGCACGUGUGUGGCCGGGAUCAACUUCGAGCUGUCCCGUUUCCCGCGGUACCUGUACAGCCUCCCGGACGACAUCGGCCACGGUUACGGCUGGUCCAUGUUCUCGGCCUGGGGCGGUCUGGGCCUGACCCUCAUCUCCGGGUUCUUCUGCACCCUGGCCCCGUCCGUGCAGCCCCUGCCCCGCUCCACCUGCCCCAAGAGCCGCCACGAGAACGGGACGGUGUGCUAA